GCUUCCGUUGGCGCAAGCGCUUUCAUUUUUUCUGCUACUGUGACUAAGAUGGAAGCGUUUUUGGGGUCGCGGUCCGGACUUUGGGCGGGGGGUCCGGCCCCAGGACAGUUUUACCGCAUUCCGUCCACUCCCGAUUCCUUCAUGGAUCCAGCGUCUGCACUUUACAGAGGUCCAAUCACACGGACCCAGAACCCCAUGGUGACCGGGACCUCAGUUCUCGGCGUUAAGUUCGAGGGCGGAGUGGUGAUUGCCGCAGACAUGCUGGGAUCCUACGGCUCCUUGGCUCGUUUCCGCAACAUAUCUCGCAUCAUGCGAGUCAACAACAGUACCAUGCUGGGUGCCUCUGGGGACUAUGCUGAUUUCCAGUAUUUGAAGCAAGUUCUCGGCCAGAUGGUGAUUGAUGAGGAGCUUCUGGGAGAUGGACACAGCUAUAGUCCUAGAGCUAUUCAUUCAUGGCUGACCAGGGCCAUGUACAGCCGGCGCUCCAAGAUGAACCCUUUGUGGAAUACCAUGGUCAUCGGAGGCUAUGCUGAUGGAGAGAGCUUCCUUGGUUAUGUGGACAUGCUUGGUGUAGCCUAUGAAGCCCCUUCGCUGGCCACUGGUUAUGGUGCAUACUUGGCUCAGCCUCUGCUGCGAGAAGUUCUGGAGAAGCAGCCAGUGCUAAGCCAGACCGAGGCCCGUAACCUAGUAGAACGCUGCAUGCGAGUGCUGUACUACCGAGAUGCCCGUUCCUACAACCGGUUUCAAAUCGCCACUGUAACUGAAAAAGGUGUUGAAAUAGAGGGACCAUUGUCUGCAGAGACCAACUGGGAUAUUGCCCACAUGAUCAGUGGCUUUGAAUGAAAUACGGUAGAUGCAUUAUCCAGAACUGAAGUUAUACCCUACUUUUAACUUUGAACUUGGCUGGUUCAAAGACAAGACUCUUCUUUUGUGAAGUAAAUAAAUUCUUCAAAAUGCUU